GAAGGACUACAGCCCCGGCACAUGGGGCGAAACCCAACCACUUGGCCAUCUGCGCCCCAUUUGCUGCAUCUUUGAAAUACCUGAUAUCUAAGAACCACUGUUAGCAAAGUGGGACUCGUGAUACGUUCUGAUUGCUCCCCUCAGUGUAAUCAUCUGUCUGAGUGUACUUUCAAUCGCUUUCAUCAGGAAAUGAUUGAGCAGGCAAACUCACUCAAAUCACCUCUGACCUUUGAAACUUAAACAUGAAGGACACUCAGACCUGAUCAGGAGAAAUAAAGUCAAAGAAGAGGUUUGGCUCGCAGGGAUUCAGCACUUGUAGUUUUUAAUCAUGUUCUUGGACCAUUAGUGGUAUGAGCAAGUGUUAGUUGCCUUUUUUUGUGUUCCCUUCUUGAAAAAAGAACAACAUAAAAAUGUUUCUCCUAUUACCUUGGAUCCUGGGAACGUCUGAAUGGACACCUUUUUAUUCAAACCCAAUGGAUAGCCUUUUUCAAGGUGAGUUUAAUAUUGUCUGUACUUCUGUGUCAAGUUUCUUUACUGACUUUUUAUACUCAUUCACUUGUGUUUGUACUUUUAACAAAGGACUUGUUGGUGCGUGUGCAAUAUCAAUGGUCUGCAAUUUGAUGAGAGUUUACUACUUUGUUCAAACAUGCAGUGAUUCUGAAACUGAGAGCACACAAAGCUCACCCUCACCUGGUAAUAAUCUGAGCUGGGACUGGAGAUCAGCUCUCCAGUUCUGGUCUCUGACAGUCCUCCUGCCCCUGGUGGGCUCAAGGGUCUCCUCCCUGAUGGUUCUGGAGUUUUCUCUCAGAACUGUCUCAGCUUGGGCAUCAGCAGGACGGGAUGCUAAUGUCAGAGACCUGGACAUGCUCCUGAUCCAGAGUCAGUUCUCCCUGGGCUGUGGCCUCUCCUGCACUAUGGCCUUUCUCCAUCAGGGGGCCCCACACAGCUCUCUCAGCUUGUUCCUGGCAGCUGCUCUCAGUUGGGCACUGGCAGGUGUCAGCCACAGUCUGUGGCUUCAUGUGGCCAGACUGUUCCCUCUACACAGCACAGAGCGGUACUGUUGGAAAUGCAUCAGCCUGCUGACCUCUGGACACACCAUCCUUACUACACUGCAAAGAGUGGUCAUUUUGUUCUUCGCUCUGGCCACUGUGGCCUCCACCGCUACGGUUUACGACCACUUCCUGUCCCAGAAGGAUGCUCUGAAGUUCUGGACUCCACUGACACUCUGCUACACCAUGUUGUUGGUCUAUAUUCAAGAGGAUCAGAAUCGUAACGCUGGUUCAGAGUCCGUGCUGCGCACUGUAGUGAUGCGGCUGGGAGCCUUACUGGUGCUUAUGCUGACUGUGGGAGACUGGACCGAUGUCCUUCAGAUCCCCAUCACUUUCCUGGGUGAAGCUGCCUGUUUGCUGCCCUCACAGGACCUGCUGCAAGCUGUGUUGAAGGAAGAAGAAGACACACAAGUGAGCAAAUACAAACCUAGCUCCAGUCACAAAACAAGAGAAAGCACAAGGAAAUCAUCAUCGGAUGAAAGAUGAUGGUGUACCUGAAAUCUACCUCAAUCUCAAGAAGUGUGAAGAAGAAGAAGAGUUAUACUGGACAUUGAUACAUCAAAAUUGUGUGUUGUUGUGUCCAUGGUGUUGUUCUCCUGGUGAAAUAAAUUGCUGGAAUAUU